AUGGGUCUGCAGUGCUCCUGCUGCUGCCUGAAAUCCUCACCGGCUCCGAAGGACUUUCACAUCCUGCUGCUGGGCGCGUCGGGCAGCGGCAAGACCGAGCUGGGUCACCGUCUCCGGAAUACACCGCGUCCAGCCGACGACCAGGAUGCCACGAACGGUGUGCGUUGCUUCGAGGUCCUGCCGGUGGCGUUUCCGGACUUCCAGCUCCAGCUCACCGAAGUGGGUGGCAAUCCGGAGAUGCAGCGCCUGUGGCAUCACUACUUUGCCUCCAGUCAUGCUUUGAUUUACUGCUUCGAUCUCAGCCAGAGUCCCGAGGAGCUGGACGAUACCUUUCGCCUGCUAAGGACCUGCCUGCAAGACUCCCAGAUGUCCGGCAAGCCGGUCCUCUUGGUGGCCUCCCGAUACUGUGACGGUGUCCAGCUGUACGAUGUGGCGAAUGCCUUCGGUCUCGACCACCUGGCAACGUCCUGCGGGUGUCCUUUGCUCAUUUGUGACAUGGACGACCCGGAGGAUCUGCAGCGUGGCUUCCGGUGGCUGUGCCAUCAGUUUGCGGUCAGUGAGUCCCAAUUGGAGCAACGGGUUCGAUACGAUGUCAAUAUGAAGGCCUGGCAACAACGCAGGAAACUGAUUCUCACAACCGGAAAACUGGCCCAGAUCCAUCGUCAACGUUUUCGACGUCAGCACAGAAAGGUUCUACUAAAAUAA